AUGCAGUUGAGAUUCGUUUCCUUUUUUCUUCUUAUAUUCUCUGGCUUCUCAAUCAGUAUCGGUCUCCCGCACGAGAUAUGCAUGAAUACUAUGAAGGGGGUCGGCGCCAAGAUGGAGACAGAAAUAUGGCCAAGCUUCGAUAAGCUUGUCUGUUCCAAGGGCAAGAGUCCUGGAGCAGAUGACUGGCCCUUUCUGGAGAAGCAGGUACUCAUACCUCUAUGGGACAAAUUGCAAAAGAAGGGGUUAAAAUUACCAAACUACAAAGCGAAAAUAAAGCCGUUAGCGGAUGCGAUUGUGGCUGAAUGUGCGGCGAAGCAAAAGACAAACUUCUGCAAGAAACCUGAACUUGAGAAAAUGAAGUCUUGUGCGGUCGAUAAAGCGAUGGGCUUUAUUAUGGCGAACAUGGACAUUGCAGACAAGUACGGGAACGAAGCUAAUUGCAAAAUUGCGAAGAAAUGUCUGGAAGAUGAAUCCCUCUGGAAGUGGGGGAGAAGUAUGGUCGUCAAAUUCGCUAAGAAAGUGACUUGA